UGCACAUGAGGACCCUCACAAAGGAGCCAGCUCCACUUGGUUUCAUCUAAUGGGAGUGAAGUGGAUGAUUGGACGGUGGGACACGGGAGCUGAGGAGGUGAUCAGGAUCUUUGGUGAUCUCAGAUCUUGGAUGGAAUGUGUUUGCGCCUUUGACAACUGGGUGCCCUCCUGCGGUGUCAGCACUUAUGAGCCCGAUAUAAACCCCCGUCUCCUCACUCCUACCCUUCUCCUGGCUCUGCCCAAACGCCCGCCCCACAACAACAUCCACACAAAAUGACCUCCGCUCAGCCCAUAUUCUCCAAGGGAGAGGACUGCAAAUCCUCCUGGCACGACGCGGGCGCCGGCUACAAUGAGGCCGACACACACUUGGAGAUCAUGGGCAAGCCGGUGAUGGAGCGAUGGGAAACCCCGUACAUGCAUUCCCUCGCCACCGUGGCAGCCUCGAAAGGUGGCCGGGUCCUGGAGAUCGGUUUCGGCAUGGCCAUCGCCGCCACCAAAGUGGAGUCCUUCCCCAUCCAGGAGCACUGGAUCGUGGAGUGCAACGACGGGGUCUUCGCCCGGCUGGAGAACUGGGCCAAGGCUCAGCCGCACAAGGUUGUCCCUCUGAAGGGCCUCUGGGAGGACGUCGUUCCCACCCUGCCAGACAACCACUUUGAUGGCAUCCUGUACGACACGUAUCCUCUGUCAGAGGAGACAUGGCACACUCACCAGUUCGACUUCAUCAAGGGUCAUGCUCACAGGCUGCUGAAACCCGGCGGCAUCCUCACUUACUGCAACCUGACCUCCUGGGGCGAGUUGCUCAAAAACAAAUACGCCAACAUUGAGAAGAUGUUUGAGGAGACCCAGGUGCCUCAUUUGCUUCAAGCCGGCUUCAAGAAGGAGAAGAUCACCACCACCACCAUGGACAUUGAGCCGCCAAGUGAAUGCAAAUACUACUCCUUCAAGAAGAUGAUCACUCCCACCAUCGUGAAGGAAUAAAGUCAGAGGAGAAACCUUUUCUACGCCCACGAACCGUCUGCCCCGAAGCUCAUUCUGUGUAUUUGAAUAAAACCACUCCUCCCUGACUCAGUUCACGGCUUGCACCAUCUCUCGAUGUGUUACGGUAAACCAAAAAAAAAUAAACCACGAGAAUCCAGCUGACCGAAACCAGCAGAAAAGGCUUUUCUAUCUCACUGAGGCUCCCGUGUCUCGGGUCUUACAUCAUCCAGCGUCCCUCCUGCCACAAAUAGCCCAGUUCUACACCAAGCAGCAAAUAUAUCACAG